AUGCCCCAUUUCCUUCAACCGCAAUUCGCAACGGAGACUCUGGUGUGGUUAGAACUUCCAAUUGAACUUGCGCCAUUACCUACCAAUCUUUUACCGAGGGUCAUUUGUCCAACCGCCGCGGAAUCAACCCCAGCAAACACCACCUUCAAAAAACUUCCCGCCAGGCCUCAUCCACUCAGUCCGCAAAACCCCCUCCGCCCCGCUCACCACCAACCCCAAACCGCAACAAUGACCAUCCCCAUCGCCACGAUAACCACUUUCCGGACCGCCUACAACCCCUUCUCCCGCGCCUCCCGGCCAUGCCGCCUCUUCCUGGGCAUGCUGCGCACACCAGACACUAUCCCAACAAGCAGCCCAACCCACAUCGAUAUCAAGGUCAAGCAAUUGCCGCGCAACUCCACCGAGUCACCGACCAUGACUGUCGGGUUUAAGGGCGGCAAGGAGAUCACGCUGGAUGUUGGAAAGCGCGGGCUGAAGAUUGGCGAUGUUAUCGAGGAGGUGUCCCGUAUUGGUAGAGCUCUGCAGCGGGAGGCCAGCUUGAAGAACUAG